UGUGAGCAAAGUAGGAGCUACAGGGCCGAAGUAUUUCCACGUGAGUUGCCGAGGACAUGGCGCCGUUACAAGAACCUGAGAUUCAGCUUGCUCAGAGAUUAGCCUCCAAUCAAAAGCCGAUUCGGACGAAGGCGAUGAAGAAGUUAAGAAAAUAUGUUGGUCUCAGGUCACAAAAAGCCGAAGGUGGAUUCACAAAUGAUGAGGUGCUCAAACUAUGGAAGGGUCUCUUCUAUUGCCUUUGGAUGCAGGACAAAGUACUGCUUCAGGAGGAGCUGUCAAAGCAGAUCUCUGGCCUUUUACACAGCUUCCAAAAUGUUGACAGCCAGUUUUUGUUUCUGAGCAGUUUCCUGCAGACUGUCAGUAGAGAGUGGACUGGCAUUGAUAUGUUGCGGAUGGACAAGUUUUUCCAGCUGGUUCGCUUCAUGUUCAGACAGACUUUUGAGGUGUUGAAGAAGAAGAACUGGGAAACCAGUCUGGUUGCCAGAUUCCUGGAGCUGCUGACUGAACAGAUCCUACAGAGUGGCGGUGGAGUCCCCCGUGGCCUGCAGUUCCACAUCCUGGACCUCUACAUAACCGAGUUGGCCAGGGUGGGCUCAGCCGAGCUCACUGCCACUCAGAACCAGACGUUCAUCAACCCGUUUUGCAAAACAGCUGCCAGAACCAAGGACCGUAUCCUGUUCCAGGCCAUCUGCAGUAGCGUUUUCAGCACCAUCAUUGAACAGGCUCCCUUUGCUAUCGAGGACUUGAUGAGAGAGAUAAAGGCAGCCGAUGCAGAAGACUCUGCCUCAGGCCAGGCUUCCGAGGAAGAGGAAGGAGAAAAUGAGAAAAUGAAGAGCAAAACAAUCGGCAAGAGAGGAAAAGGAAAACAAAUCAAUGGUAUUAAAACAAACAAGGAAGAUGGUGAUGAUUGUGAUGAAGAGCUUCUUCACUUGGAGGAGGACUCUGAUGCAGAGUUGCUGGAUGAUGGGGAAAUUGGACCAGUGCUACAGUUUGACUAUGCUGCCCUGGCAAGCAGGCUGUUUGAGCUAGCCAGUCGAAGCAACACGCCCAGCCACAACCGACAGAGGCUGUACAAAAUCGUCAAAGUACUGCGUGACCUCAGUGAAGGAAUCUUUCCUCAAGAUGAGUACCCAGAGGAGGUCUCCACAGAUGAGGAUGAUGAUAUGUUUGGCAGCAGGAAGAGGAUGAAAAGGGGAAGAGGCCCCGGGCCGGAGGAUACGGAGGAGGGGCACCCUGCAGUCAAGAAGAAGAAAGGUAAGAAAAAGAAGUCCACACCUGACACACAAAACAAGGACAUGACAAAGGAUUCCAGUGAACCAGGAGACUUGGCAACCAAUGUCGAGAAGAAAAAGAAGAAGAAGAAGAAAAAGAAGAAGAAGAAGCAGGUAGGGGAGGGGAAAGAAGAUGGUGAGGAAAAGGAACAGACCCCUGUUGUUGUUUUAUCAGUUGAAAGAGAAAGACAAAGUGCAAUGAACAACACAGAAAAUGCAUCAGAAUCCACUAUAGCAGAGACUGAAUGUUCCCGUCCAGCCACCGCUGCCAAGGAUGAAUGUGAGGUGGCAAAGAUGGAAAGCUCUACCUCAUCUGCAGACGUCAUGGAGGAUAAAUCAGCAAUGGUAUAUCCUUUGGAGGUAAAGAGCCAGUCGUCAGUCACAUCCACGGAGCAAGCCAGCCAACCAGUGUGUGAGACCUCUGUGGGCAUUGUCAAGGACCAAUCUGACAACUUGUCAAAAAAGAAAAAGAGGAAGAAGUCUGAGGUCAGCUCGGAGGUACCUGACCCCUUAGUGAUGAUCACAGAGCCAGCAGAGAUACACGAUACUACAGCUAAAGAUGCCACACCCUUCCUACCCAAGAAGACUUUGCUGCCAGAGACCACUCCUACCACUACUACUAUAACGCAAACAAAGAAGAAGAAAAAGAAACAGGGUUCCAAUGCAGAAAUUGAAGCAGAGGGGGAAAGCAUGGUGGCUGAAAUCCAUUCAGUUGUUGGAGAGGCAUCAACAGAAGAUACCACAGCGACACCACAUAAGAAGAUGACCAAGAAGGGAAAACAAGAAGUGAAUAUGGUUAAGGAAAACGAAACGACACAUACAACACAGGAGGAUAUGACACUUGCACAGCUAGCUGCAGAUACUAGUGCUGUUACUCCAUCCAAAAAGAACAAGAAGAAGAAGAAGACAGCGUCAGUGGUGGUGGAGCCAGUAGAGGUGGAAGCCGCAGUCACAGAACCGCCUCAGAAAAUGACUGUAGCUGUUGCACCAUCAGGAGUCACCAUGGAAACCCUAGUCAAGAAAAUUAAAAAGAAGCAAAAGCCAGCAGCUGACCAAGAGUGUGAGGUUGAAGGUCAUGUCCAGUCUGAGGUGACAGAUGGUGCGAAUGUGGAGCCCCUAGGUGAGGAUGCUCGUCCAGAAAGAGGAAUACUUCCUCCCACGGGGAAAAAGGGCAAGAAGAAGAGGAAGAUACCCAUUGUGUUUGAGUUUGAGGAAGAUGAGCUUGAGGCAAAAAUGAAUGGCCUAGCUGAGGAAGAGACGGUAGCCAAGAGGGCCCACCUGAGCGAUGAUGUGGCGAAGCCAUGCACCCCUCUAAAGUCUAAAAAGUCGCAGAAGACGACGACCAAAGCAGGAUCGGGGUCUGAAUUCAUCACCUUCCAGAGCAACGCCUCUAUUCCAGUGCCACUUUUCUACAAGACCAAGGGAAGCCCCAGCACACCUCUCUCUGGCAAAAAGAAGACUGCCAAAUCAGAGUUGAAGAAGGUGACUUUUGGCCUCAAAAAUAAUAAAACGGCAGAGUUCAAGAAGACCGAUCGCAGCCUGCUGCUCAGCCCAGAGGGGUCAUUGCGAGUGCCCUUUGACCCUGAGCAGAAACCCAAGUUUGGGGUCUUGAAAUCUCCAGUCACCAGCAUCAAAAAGACUCCAAAGGCAAAUGGCAAAACCACCACCACCACAAAGAGCACCCUGAAAAGACGAAUGACUGCGGCAGACUUCUUCUAAUGUGCCCCAGUGACAGACUGGCUGUGGAUGUUAUCCUCCUGUUUUGGUCCCAACAUGGAAAAAACUCUUGUCGCCUAUUUAGAGGAUAUACAGAUGAUUUUUUUAAAUGUUUAUAUAAUUUCAUUAUUGUUGUUUUUGCCACUUUGAGUGAGCUGAUGUUUUUAAUAAAACUCAC